AUGUGCUUGAGAGCCCAUUUCUCAACGCUCCUAUCUCCUUUCCCAAUUCUCUCUUUCACUCCUCCUCCACUCCCUCCACUUACUCGCUUCUUCCCAGCCUAUGCGCCUGAUACUGCUGCUCACACUCCUGCACCUGUUCUCUCUAUCCCACUCUCUCUUUGUUUCUUUCUCUCUUUCUCACCCAACUUUACAUUUUUCGCUCUUGCACCUGCUGCUACACUCACACCUUUUGCCCCUCCAAUUGUCACUCCCUCAUUUAAUCCUGACUCUGGAACAUCAACUCACGCCUUUGCCACUGCUUCGCUUCUCACACCGACUUUCUAUUCUCCUCUUUCUCCGGCUCUUGCUAAUGCUUUUUUUCGAGCAUAA